GAUAAAAAAAGUACAAAUUAAUUGUUUUUUAAGUUCAUAAAAGCACCCAAAUUAAGGCGGGGGCUAAAUUGAAUUGGAAAUAACCUAAUAAAAAACCUAACUGUGGUUAAGUCCAAGUCUAAUGAAGUUAGGCAAAAUACGGAGCAAAUACCAUUUUGUACGUGGACUCUCUCUCUCUCUCUCUCUCUCUCUCUCUCUCUCUCUCUCUCUCUCUUCAUUCUCUUAUAUAAAAACAGGACAUGCGCCAUUUCAUCAACUCAUAUUCCUUCCAUCUGCUCUCUGCGAACAUCUAUACACACACAGAUAGAUACAUCUGCAGAUUUAGUAAGAGAGAAACUCCAUUUAGAGAGAGAGAGAGAGAGAGAGAGAGAGAGAGUUAGCGAAGUACAUUAUACUGUUGAAGCAUCAAUGGCGGUUUCUCUGAGGAUUAUUGCUCUCUGUGCAUUUCUGACUGCGAUGAUGUUUGCCGUGAGAUCAGAAAGCACUGGUGACGAAAGUACGCACGUGAAAAGCUUGAGGAACUCAACAAUGGCGGACAGGUUAGAUGAAAGCGGUGAGCUUAAGCAUGAACAUGCAGAAGAUGAUCCAGAAGCUAUCGCUGCCAUGGUUGAAUCGAAUAUUCGGAACAGUACGGAGAGAAGGAAGCUGGGGUUCUUGUCAUGCGGAACCGGAAACCCCAUAGACGACUGCUGGCGGUGCGAUCGCAACUGGAUCCGCAACCGCAAGCGGCUGGCGGACUGCGCCAUCGGAUUCGGCCGUAACGCCGUCGGCGGCAGAGACGGCCGUUACUACGUGGUGACCGACCCAAGCGACGACGACGCCGUGAACCCCCGGCCGGGGACACUCCGGCACGCGGUGAUCCAGGACCGGCCGCUGUGGAUCGUGUUCAAGCGCGACAUGGUCAUAACCCUAAAGCAGGAGCUGAUUAUGAACAGCUUCAAGACGAUCGACGGCCGCGGCGCCAACGUCCACAUCGCCAACGGCGCGUGCAUCACGAUCCAGUACGUGACGAACGUCAUCGUCCACGGCCUACACAUCCACGACUGCAAGCCGACGGGGAACGCCAUGGUGCGGAGCUCGCCGUCGCACUACGGGUGGAGGACCAUGGCCGACGGCGACGGGAUCUCGAUUUUUGGGGCGAGUCAUGUUUGGAUUGACCACAAUUCGCUCUCCGGCUGCUCCGAUGGCCUGAUUGAUGCCAUCAUGGGAUCAACCGCCAUCACCAUCUCCAACAAUUACUUCACUCAACACAAUGAGGUUAUGCUAUUGGGGCACAGCGAUUCGAACACGAGAGACAAGGUGAUGCAGGUGACUGUUGCCUACAACCAUUUCGGAGAAGGCUUAACCCAGAGAAUGCCUAGGUGCAGACAUGGGUAUUUCCAUGUGGUAAACAAUGACUACACUUCUUGGGAGAUGUAUGCUAUUGGUGGUAGUGCUAAUCCCACCAUUAACAGCCAGGGCAACAGAUUUCUUGCCUCCAACAACCAGUUUACUAAAGAGGUAACAAAGAGAAUAGUGAAUUCAGAUGAUAACCAAUGGAAGGAAUGGAACUGGAGAUCAGAGGGUGAUCUUCUUCUAAACGGGGCCUACUUCACCCCAUCGGGCGGUGGUGCUUCCGCCAGCUAUGCGAGAGCGUCAAGUCUUGCCGCCAAACCUUCUUCGUUGGUUUCGACUCUUACCUCUGAUGCUGGUGUACUAAACUGCCGCAAAGGUGUCCAAUGCUAAUAAAAAAAAAAAGGUCUUUAUUAUUAUUAUAUAUAGCAUUAUAGUAAAAUCUAUAGCCAUUUUUACUCUCGAUUCGAUCAACCUCGGCCUGCUUCAAAGUCUUUUGAGCCCGGCACAGAAGCGUUGUUCCUGUUAUUUCAUUUGUUCCUUCAAUCAUCCCAUUAUUUGUUCAUGUUAAUCAUUGUCGGUAGUUCAAAGUGGUAAAUUCUUGUAAGUUUGAAGAGUUGUUGUCUGUAAUGUAAUUAGAGUUUGUCAUGUUGUUUGUAAAAUUUUGCCAGUUAUAAAUAAUAUAUAUAUACUUCCAUUCUCAUGACU